GUGAGUCGCUGGGCCUCGGCGACGACGUUCUGCAGGAUGCUGCUCGUGAUCGGGCGGGGGAUAUCGGGGAUGUCGGCAUCGUGGCAUGCGCCGUCGCCGUCGUGCUCGCGCUGCGGGAUCCGCACCAGUGGCUGUCUUGCGACGUGGUAAAGGGCGGCCUUCAG